AAAGAGGAGGAGGAGAGAGAUGAGUAGGUAGGGCAUUUUGAAAGCGCUGAGCGUAGGGAUGGUGAGAGAGAGAAAGACUGAGAGGGAAGGAACAAGGGAGAAGGAGAGGAGCAGAUCUCUAAGCGAGAUGCAUGGCACUACAUCCUACAACAUCUGACUUCCCUGCCCCCCUUGACAGGCAAGGGAGCGCUCAUAGAAAGGCAGAUAGAGGAAGACAGCCAGAGUCGUCCCGUCAGAUAAGCAUGUCCUUUAUUACCGGUCCUGGCAUGGCUCUACUCAAACUGGGAAAUAUAUGGGGUACCAGGUCACUCACUCUCAUGGCAGCAACGAGAGCAGCCAGAGUGUGAAACUACUGAGGAUGGAGCCCGUGUGUCCCACAUGAACACUGUGAAAAAGAGAGGGUAAAUAUAUGCCACACGGUGCCCCGGCCUGACUACCUCCUUCCCUCUGGAAACCUGUGACCUUGUUGUGAUUACUGUGUACUGCUGUCUACCUGCCUGAACUCCUGGAGCUAUACUGUGGCACAGCAGGUGGGAGUGUGAUUUACUCCGGUGGAAUACAAGGGGCCAUGGACUCUGUAGGAGUCGGUGUAACUUUUGUUAUAUAGUGAGGAGGGAAUGCCAGUCCUGAUCUGUCACACUGAGGGAGAUGAAUUUCUUCUUGUGGUUCGCAAAGUCUUGGAAUAAACAAUGAAAAGAGAGGACGUUUGCAAGGAUGGGACAUGGUGCUGUCCCUGAUCGUUUCUGUAAGAUCUGUUCGGCCAACACAAAGGACAAAAGGCUAAAAACAAGCCUGAAUACAACACGGCUUUCAUGUCAGGACCACGUGGAUAUUACAAUGCACAAACCCUUCCCACGCUCUGAAAAGGAAGAGCAGAGUGUUUCCAUCUCCCACAUCCUCCCACAGAAAUCUGAGGAUGCAAGGGAAAGAGGUAUGAGCUGUUUAGACGGUGUUUAAUCAACCCUACAGAGAGGUGUUUGAGGAAACCGGGGUGUCCUCGCUUGUCCAGUCUGUGCCAUGCUGGGGCUGAGGACAGCCUUAGCUGAUGCAUUUGUUGAAUAUUAGCUCACUUAAAAAAAACAAAAAAAGCACACAACGAAGCAAGUACCUAACAGAAUGGCACCGAAGGAGCAAAGGACACUGCUGAGAUAAAGAGGCGUUGGAAUAUAGUUGGCGUCUAUGACAACCUGCCAACACAUCAACGCUUUGGUUGCAUUUGCUACACAAGCUCCUAACAAGGACAGUGAACACAAGGGAGGGGUGAGUUUCAUUAGUGUAUGCACAUCUUUUAUCUGCAUGUGCAAAGCAGAUAAAGGUGUCAUCCUUCCAUCCGUUCUUAACUGUGGUCCGUUCCAUUCACAUUCUUGUUGGUUGCCAGCUAGAAUUGGGCUAAAUUAACUUCAAGUCAUAUUUCAGAAGCUAAACAGUUCUGGCAUUAUCAUACACUCAAUAGCAUGUCAUGGAAAUGCUUCUUAGAAAUACACGUAGCGUUUAAACAACCAUCUUCUGUUUUUGCGUGUGCAGGAGAAUGCAUACCCCUCCUGUGCUGGGAUUCCAGACCAUCAUGAGCAACGUCACUGUCCUCGAUAACGUCGAACCUCUUGACUUCGAAAUGGACUUGGACACUCCUUACCCUGUCAGCUUCCAGGUGUCUCUAACAGGUUUCCUCAUGUUGGAGAUCGUGCUGGGGCUCAGUAGCAACCUGACUGUGCUGGCUCUCUAUUGUAUGAAGUCAAACCUGGUGAGCUCUGUCAGCAACAUCGUAACCAUGAACCUUCAUGUGCUGGACGUCCUGGUGUGUGUGGGCUGCAUCCCACUUACGAUUGUGGUGGUGCUCUUGCCACUGGAAGGCAACAGCGCACUCAUUUGCUGCUUCCACGAGGCUUGCGUGUCUUUUGCUAGCGUGGCUACUGCUGCCAAUGUCCUGGCCAUCACACUAGAUCGCUAUGACAUCUCAGUUCGGCCUGCAAAUCGAGUUCUGACAAUGGGACGAGCAGUGGCCUUAUUAGGGUGCAUUUGGGCUUUGUCAUUGCUUAGCUUUCUGGUACCCUUCAUAGAAGAGGGUUUCUUUAGCCAGGCAGGUAACGAAAGGAAUCAGACAGAGGGGGAGGAACCGUCAAACCAAUAUUACACUGAAUUGGGCCUCUACUAUCACCUGUUGGCACAGAUCCCGAUCUUCUUCUUCACUGCUGUGGUCAUGUUGGUUACUUACUACAAGAUUCUGCAGGCGCUCAACAUCCGCAUUGGCACGCGUUUCCAUUCGGCGCCCAAGAAGAAACCGAGAAAGAAAAAGACUAUCUCCAUGACUUCCACUCAGCCAGAGUCCACCGAUGCCUCGCAGAGCAGUGCAGGCAGGAAUCCGCCACUGGCCAUGCGCACCUCUGUGUCCGUGAUCAUAGCCCUCCGCAGGGCAGUCAAACGGCACAGGGAACGCCGUGAACGACAAAAGAGGGUUUUCCGCAUGUCGCUUCUUAUCAUCUCCACAUUCCUGCUUUGCUGGACACCCAUCACCGUGCUCAACACGGUUAUCCUGAGUACAGGGCCGAGCAACUUCACUGUGCGUCUCAGACUGGGCUUCCUGGUCAUGGCUUAUGGAACCACCAUUUUUCACCCGCUGCUCUAUGCCUUCACUCGGCAGAAAUUUCAGAAGGUUCUAAAGAGUAAAAUGAAGAAGCGUGUUGUGUCAGUUGUAGAGGCUGAGCCUAUGCCCAAUAAUGUGGUCAUCCACAACUCGUGGAUUGACCCAAAAAGGAACAAAAAGGUGACUUUUGAGGAGACCGAGGUCAGGCAAAAAUGCCUCUCAUCAGAGGAUGUGGAAUGAGCUACUGGGCCAAUUUAAGGCAAACAUCCGCAUCAGGUACGGAAUCAUUAAAAAGGGAAACCACUAAUCCAAAGCAGUAAUGAAUUUAAGUGUAUUAAUUGUACAGUAUCUCAAGAGGAAUAAUUUAUUACUAUUUAUCGUAAUGGUGACUAUUGUAGAUGUCAUAGAUGGUAAAGUGUAAAUACUGCAUGUGUUUUAUUGAAGUGGUCCUAGAGAUUGUACAUACAUACCCAAGUAAAGUAUAAACCACAAAUGUAAAGAUGUAGAAAUUGAUGCUCCUGGGUUUGUUCAUUUGCAUUAAACACCCCCAAAAACAGCAGAAGAAUUUAUUUUUUUUCGCAACUGUGAUAACACUGGGUCGUAUUUCUCGAGUAGUUUUUUUCAUUCUGUAGAGAAAGUGGUUAUAUGUCUUUGUUCUCUUUUGGCUUCAGCCACCUCAAUUUUUACUGUUGCGAAGUAUAAGAUAAACACUGUUAAGAAUUCACACUACGAGUUUCAUUAAGUGGAUAUUACCUGCCCUCCAUCCUGCAUUGAAAGGAACAAGAUGGCUAUAUUACUCAGGUCAACAAGUCACAGGGUGCACUUACAAAGCAAGGUCUGCUUCUUUUCAAAAUCACUUGCAUGGCCAGUUGGCAUAAAAAUCAAGUCUUUUUAUAGGGAUGAGGGAGGUGGCUCACAGCAUAUCGUCCAAUAAAGCUGCUGGAGCAUGAAGUGGAUGGGGAGCGUCAAUGAAAAGGUGUUGAUUCCAAAUACUUGACCUUAUGAGACCUAUUGAGCUGAUGGUGUUUGAUUAUGGGUUAGACUGGAUUAGAGGGUGAUAACUGUAUCUUUUGGCAGCCUACAAAAAUAAUCACCUUUGCACUGCAGCAACGAAAGGUCACACACUGUUCAGUAUGAGAGGCAAAGUCAUGCCAUUAAACAAUGAAAAUGAAGUAAAAUACAGAGUCAUGAGGGGCAGGUUACUUCCUGACUGAGUUGACAUGUUCAGUUUCAGGAAUAGAUGGUGUCGGAUGAUAGCUUGCAUUAAUAAAAUGCUAUUACAAUCAAAUCAUUAACAGUGCUGAGACAAACAUAAUGUUCUCAAGGGGGUCUCUAAGGUUAGUAAAUAGAGGUGUGAACAUCUCAAGGGUGUUACAUAUGACACUGUAGAGCCCCUAAAUGCUAAUUGAAUAUACUUUAUCAAAUUAAACCGCUUUUUCAAGCACUAAAAGAUUUUCACACAUUAAUUCUUUCAGUUCAUGCUGGUGUAAAAUGCAAAACAAUUAUAUGCACAGGUACUGGCAGUUACCCAAAGCGCGUCUCAGUUGGGUAGGCUUUAAACUUGAUUGAAAACCCAUCUGACAGUUUGUUUCUGACUACUGCAGUGUUAGGAACUAAACAUUACUAAUUUUCAGCUUAUAUCAUCAAGUGACUGUUCUACAAUCAUACGUUCUUGAGUUUAUCUAUAGAUAAAGGGUCAGAGCCAGGGCUCAUCCAUGUUUAGUGCCAAACAAGAGAAAGUGGGAGCUGAAGAGCAUGAUUGAUGCAUGUCUUUUAAGACAGUGAGUUACUAUAAUAAAAGCUGUACAAUGCGACAAAUCUGUCCAUCUGUCAACGCUGUACUCGAGUCCCCGCUAUCCUGUGGCUCUAUGGAUCUAAUAUCAAGGGCAAAAUGGUUACUUUUAGCUUUAGAUGCACUCCCAGACAACUCCUGAAACUCACACGGCAGAUUCCAAGAGCCCUAUAGGCUAAAUGCGACAGAUCAUGCAACAGAGCUGUUACCCUGUGAUGACUUGACUGAAGGUUUAAGGUUGGCCAUGAAUGGAGGCUUUACUGUUUUCCUGUAAACAAGCUGUAUAGACAUUUCUGAGAGGCAUGUGGGGAAAAAUAUCAUAUUUGCAAGCGAACAAUGGGCCUUCUGCCAGUAAAAAGGGCUGCCAAAACUUCAAAAAGUUGUGUUUAGGGUCUGAAAGCAUCCAAAGUCACGUUAGCACAAAUGCAAAGAACUGUUUCAUUGUUAAUGCCAAUAAAAAGAGGUUAAGAAUGCUGAACUGACUGGUAUUGCUACUAUUA